AUGUACCAAUCUUGUGCCCUCUCAUUCUCUUGCCGCUCGUCCGGUCCAUUUUCCUUCCUAAUUUUCACAUUAGCCCUUUUUUCAGCUCUCAAUUUCUCCUAUUCUCUCCCAAGCAAGCCGCAUUUGGGUUCAAAUCUCGUUCUCCUUGGUGACGCAAAAUUUGAAGACAAUGGCUCCUGCAUUCGUCUCGCCGACCCCGGAAUUUCCUCCCCGAGCUCCGGAUUUAUCAUCCAGAGAAAGCCCAUCAAGCUUUUCACCUCAAGCUCCAAGUCGAGAAAUCCCGUGUCCUUCUCCACUGACUUCACUUUCUCGAUAUCGCCCCACAAUGGUGACGGUCUGGCUUUUCUUCUCGUGCCCACGAACUUCGUGUCGAGAUUUUCAGCCGGAAGUUUCGGGAUUUUGAAAGAAAGGCGGUUUCUUGUGGUGGAGUACGAUACCUCGGUCGAUGAGAAGGUUCGGGACCCGAAUUCGAACCAUGUCGGUGUUGAUGUGGGCAGUCUUGUUUCUUCGAAAACAAGCAAUGUCUCGUCGGUAAAUUUGGUUCUGAACGGUGGAGUAAAGUUGCGUUCUUGGAUUGAUUACGAUUCGAGCUCGAAAAGGAUUGAGUCUCUCGACCUGUGUGAGUUUCGAUUCGAGUUUAAGAUUUCGACUCUGAAAAAGAUGUCUGCGAUGAAAUCUUCGGGCCGGUUGUUCACAAUCGGGCUGGUAACCGCGUGGUAUUCGUCCAACAUUGGGGUUUUGCUGCUGAACAAGUAUCUGUUGAGCAAUUACGGGUUCAAGUACCCGAUUUUCCUAACAAUGUGCCACAUGACGGCGUGCUCGCUGCUGAGCUACGUUGCUAUUGCGUGGAUGAAGAUGGUCCCGAUGCAGACGAUAAGAUCUAGGGUUCAGUUCAUGAAGAUCUCGGCCCUCAGCUUGAUUUUCUGCGCCUCGGUUGUGAGCGGCAAUAUCUCUCUCAAGUACUUGCCGGUUAGCUUCAAUCAGGCGAUCGGAGCCACCACGCCGUUUUUCACGGCUGUUUUUGCCUACUUGAUGACUUUGAAAAGGGAAGCCUGGUUGACAUACCUGACUUUGGUUCCGGUGGUUACAGGGGUCAUCAUUGCUAGUGGGGGUGAACCGAGUUUCCAUUUGUUUGGAUUUAUCAUGUGUGUUGGAGCAACUGCUGCGAGGGCACUGAAAUCGGUGGUUCAGGGGAUUUUACUUUCUUCCGAGGGGGAAAAACUGAAUUCGAUGAACCUGCUCUUAUACAUGGCUCCUAUAGCUGUGGUAUUACUACUUCCUGCAACCAUUUACAUGGAGGAAAAUGUUGUCGGUAUAACAUUGGCCUUGGCAAGAGAUGAUAGCAGAAUUAUUUGGUUAUUGUUGUUCAACUCUGCACUUGCCUACUUUGUAAACUUGACCAAUUUUUUGGUCACCAAGCACACCAGUGCUCUAACUCUUCAGGUGCUUGGAAAUGCGAAGGGAGCAGUAGCAGUGGUAAUCUCCAUAUUGAUUUUCAGGAAUCCCGUUUCUGUUACUGGAAUGCUCGGGUAUACUCUCACCGUUUUUGGUGUUAUCCUCUAUAGUGAAGCCAAAAAACGUAGUAAAUGA